AUGAACCGUAGUUCGAGGAACCUUGCAGAGAUGCAGGAUGAGAUCAACCAGUUGGACGACCGUUACAAACUUGAAAAGAUAAUUGGUGCGGGAUCCUAUGGUGUCGUCAUCCGCGCGAGGGAUACCACAACAAACGACCUAGUGGCCAUUAAACGCGUCAAUAAGGAAAUAUUCGAGGAAAUAAUCCUUGCAAAACGUAUUCUUCGCGAAAUCAAGCUGUUGGCACACUUUCACCACGAUAAUAUCAUUGGACUCCGUAACCUCAUCACCCCGGCCGACCGCGACAACUAUGAUUACUUUUAUAUUGUCAUGGAUGUAAUGGAGACCGACCUGAAGCAAGUGCUCCGAACUGGCCAAAGUCUCACGGAAGGUCACAUACAAUAUUUCAUUUAUCAAAUCUUACAUGCCCUAAACUUCAUCCAUUCUUCAGGUGUUAUUCAUCGAGACAUCACCCCGGCCAACAUUUUAGUCAAUAAAAAUUGUGAUUUGAAGAUAUGCGACUUCGGACUUUCCAAAGAGGAGAGUGAUCAAGGGGAGCACAUGACAGAUUAUGUUACCAUGCGUUGGUACCGUGCACCGGAGCUGGUGAUGGAAGAUAAGAGGUAUUCCGCACAAAUUGAUGUGUGGGGAGUUGGAAGUAUUCUUGGUGAGUUGCUGGGCGCCCGACCCCUGUUUCAGGGAAAAGACCGUGUGAACCAACUGGACAAAAUCAUUGAUGUUAUCGGAACUCCAUCUGAAGAGGAUAUAAAUUCCAUCGGGUCCACUGCGGCGCAGAAGUAUUUAAAAAAGAAGUCAUUUCGUCCUGCACCCGAUUGGGCCUCCGUAUAUCCCAGAGCGAGUCCAGAGGCGCUGGACUUAUUGCGGCGGAUGUUGGUGUUCCAUCCAGACAAGCGCAUAACUGUCGCUGAAGCAUUAAAACAUCCCUUCCUUAGGGAUCUGUACGAGGAAUCCGAUGUACAGGUUAGUAUCCAGCACUUUAACUUUGAUGAAACACAACAUAAAACAAUUCAGGAGGUAAAGUGGGCGGUGUAUGAUGAGAGUGUGGCAUUUCACAAAAACCACCCCCGGACAGCACCUAGGCCACAACAACAACAACAUUCUGCGCAACAACCCGCCGCUGCUGCAUCUCUUCCAACUGUUGAUAUCGCUGGAGAGUGGCGGUCAGCGCAACAAACAAUUGAGCGGGGCGAGGAGGAAUGUGGUGCGGAGCAGUUCGACAAAUAUGUGGGUUCCGUUGAGUGA